GGGGCUGAGGCUCAUCCGGCUACUUCCAACAGAAAGGAUCUGACAUCCGAAACCGAUGCUGCCGUCAGAAGUUGUGGGAUUAGCAAACUGUUAGCGACCACACAUGGACGUGAAUAGGGCCCUGCUCACUCCAUCAAACUGGACGAAUUAGGACAACCCUCGAUUGGGCUGUAAAUGUAUCAGCAUCAGAGACCUCAGUAUGAAGAAAUCGGUCCGGCCGGCGGUGAGUAAGGUCAGCGGAGAUCGGGGGAAGUCAGAGGCUGCUGCCACCGCUGGCGCCGGAAAGCCUGUGUCCAAAAACGCCACAACAGCCCCUCUGUCUAAGGUGAAAAGCAAUGAUGAUCUUUUAGCAGCUAUGGCUGGAGGGAAUCAUUCGUCGAGUAGCGCUGUCACAAAGACCAAGAGGACUGCCUCUGUUGGGACUAAUGCUAGUACCCUAGACAGCAAGCCAAAGACAACAUCAGGUACUUCAUCAAAGCGAGCGUCGUCGUCAACUUCCAAGGAGCCAAAUUCAACACGGGACCGUCUCCGGACGUCCAGGACGUCGGCUGCUAAAAAGCAGCUGGUAUCGGGGACUGUAGCGGGGGAUGUGGCCUCAGGAAAACGCUCUCGUAGCCAAAUCCUGGCGGAGACCGAGGGCCGAAUGAGCAAGUCUAAGUCAGAUGGCCAGAUCAGUGAUAAGGUGGCUCUAGAGGCCAAAGUAAAAGACCUGCUGGGCUUGGCUAAGAGCAAAGACGUGGAGAUCCUCCACCUUCGCAGCGAGCUGAGGGACAUGAGAGCCCAGCUCGGCCUGGAGGGGAAGGAAGAGCCACAGCAGGAAGAAGCUGGUGAGGAAGAGAAGCCCCAGGUUUCAGCCAUCACAGCAGCCGAUGUGGAGUCCACUCUUAUACUCUUACAAGAGCAGAACCAGGCCAUCAGAGAGGAGCUCAACAUGCUCAAGAGCGAGAACCGCAUGCUGAAAGACCGGCUCAACGCGCUGGGCUUCUCUCUGGAGCAGAGGCUAGACGGCACCGAUAAGCUCUUCCACUACACCUCCCUGAGCCCAGACUUGGCAGCAGGCAGUGGGCACAGUGACGGCGGCGGCACAGGUACUCUGACAUCCUCAGUCGAAGGCUCUGCCCCCGGCUCAUUGGAGGAUCUGCUCACAGGACAUCAGCAUGGAGGCUCAGCCGACAACCUGGACAGUGAGUCCAGCGAAGUCUACCAAGCUGUCACGUCCAGCGAUGAUGCCCUGGACGCCCCCUCUGGAGCUUCAUCAUCAUCCGAGUCCGAGUGUGCACCAAGCCGGGAGCGUUCACGGAGGGGGAGCAGCGGCAAUGCCAGCGAGGUGUCGGUAGCGUGCCUGACGGAGCGCAUCCACCAGAUGGAGGAGAACCAGCACAGCACCGCCGAGGAGCUUCAGGCCACACUGCAGGAGCUGGCCGACCUGCAGCAGAUCACCCAGGAGCUGAACGGAGAGAACGAGCGGCUCGGCGAGGAGAAGGUCAUCCUCAUGGACUCCUUGUGCCAACAGAGCGACAAGCUGGAGCUCUAUGGCCGACAGAUCGAAUACCUGCGCUCGCUGCUGGAUGAGCAUCAUAUAUCCUACGUGCUAGAGGAGGACAUCAAGAGCGGCCGCUACAUGGAGCUGGAGCAGCGCUACGCAGACCUGGCCGACAACGCCCGCUUCGAGAGAGAGCAGCUGCUUGGCGUCCAGCAGCACCUGUCCAACACAUUGAAGAUGGCUGAGCAGGACAACGCUGAGGCCCAGGAGAUGAUCGGAGCGCUGAAGGAGAGGAACCACCAGAUGGAGCGCAUCAUGGAGUCAGAGCGACAGGGUCGAGGUGCCAUGGUGGCCGCGCUGGAAGAGUACAAGGCGGCGGUGAGCAAUGACCAGGCGGAGCUGAGCCGCUGCAGAACCCAGCUGGACCAGGAGAGGCAGAGGGUGGCCGAGCUGUACUCCCUUCACACUGCAGGGGACAAAAAUGACAUCUGCCAGCUGUUGGAAGGUGUGCGGCUGGGGAAAGAAGAGGCCGAGGCGAAGGCCGCAAAGCUGCAGAAGGAGCUGGAACAAGCUCGCGGGGAGCUCAACCGGCUGCAGGAGACGUUCACCAAGCUGGACAGGGAAUACAGAGGCUUUCAGGAGCAGGUGCAGCAGCAGAUGGCCGAGCAGGCACGCGCACUGGAGAAGCAGCGCGUGGAGCUGCAGGAAAAAGAGACGGAGAUUGCCGACAUGAAGGAAACCAUCUUUGAAUUGGAGGAUGAGGUGGAGCAGCACCGAGCUCUUAAGCUCCACGACAACCUCAUUAUCACAGACCUCGAGAACUCUGUGAAGAAGCUGCAAGAUCAGAAGCAUGACAUGGAACGAGAAAUUAAAAUUCUCCACCGCAGACUGCGGGAGGAGUCAAUGGAGUGGCGUCAAUUCCAGGCUGAUCUGCAGACUGCCGUCGUUAUUGCCAAUGACAUCAAGUCGGAAGCACAGGAGGAGAUCGGAGAUCUACGGCGCCGGUUGCAGGAAGCCCAGGAGAAGAACGAGAAGCUGAGCAAGGAGCUGGAUGAGGUCAAGAGCCGCAAGCAGGACGAGGAGAGAGGCCGAGUGUACAACUACAUGAAUGCAGUGGAGAGGGACCUGGCUGCUCUCAGACAGGGGAUGGGUCUCAGCCGGCGAUCCUCCACCUCCUCAGAGCCCUCGCCCACCGUCAAGACGCUCAUCAAGAGCUUUGACAGUGCGUCGCAAGGUCCACCUUCCAAUGGCGCCUCUGUGGCCCCGACGGCGACGGCUUCCCCGUUACCACGAACGCCGCUCAGCCCCAGUCCCAUGAAGACGCCUCCAGCCGCUGCCGUUUCACCCAUACAGAGACACUCCAUAAGUGGGUCUAUGUCUACAGCCAAGCCACUCUCCUCCUUGAGUGACAAGAGGCCCAGCUACACAGACAUCAGCAUGCCAGCUGAGCACCUUCUUAGGGGAACCUCAGCAAGCCGACCUCCUUCUGCCCUCCAGAGGGUCUCCAACAUGGACUCCACCAAGACGAUCUCAGUGUCUCGCCGGAGCAGCGAAGAGAUCAAAAGGGACAUGUCGGCUUCGGACGGUUCCUCCUCAACCUCUCUCAUGGCUAUGAGUGCAGCCUCCUCCCCUCUCUCCCUGUCCUCCUCCUCCCCCACCGCCUCAGUCACCCCCACAGCACGCAGCCGCCUAAGAGAAGAGAGAAAGGAUCCACUGUCGGCUCUGGCUAGAGAGUAUGGAGGCUCCAAGAGAAAUGCUUUGCUAAAGUGGUGUCAGAAGAAAACUGAGGGCUACCAGAACAUUGAUAUUACCAACUUCAGCAGCAGCUGGAAUGAUGGACUGGCCUUCUGCGCAGUGCUGCACACCUACCUGCCCGCACAUAUCCCUUACCAGGAGCUCACCAGCCAAGAGAAGAGGAAAAACUUCACCUUAGCUUUCCAGGCUGCAGAGAGUGUGGGCAUCAAAUGCACUUUGGACAUCAAUGAGAUGGUGCACACGGAGAGACCAGACUGGCAAAGUGUCAUGACGUACGUGACGGCCAUCUACAAAUACUUUGAGACCUGACGUCACCGUCUUUCUCUCUCCUCGCUCCUGCAGAACAAUCAUAGCCAAACUUCCUGAGCUCGGCGACCUCUCAGCCUCGCUGACCCGCUCCCUCACAUCACAGCAACACCCUGUCACACUGCAUGUUUAGCAACACUAACCGACGACAACACAACUACAUCCUCCUCCCAGUGCAAGUUAGGAGGCACAAGUGUAAAGUUGUAGUCCAAGGGCUUGCUAAUAUGUCUGCUACACUAAUAAGCCAUCAGAAGUGACUCUCUGAAAGCCUGGUGAACCAAGUAUGAAGCGAACAGAAGUCCGUCUUCAGAUCAGAUCAAGGAGCAGCAUGAAGUAGAAACCAAGUCUCAGUGCCUUCUAUCUGGCUUUUUCUCUCUUAUGAUAUUCGCUCAGUUUCUAGGAUGUUGUGAUCUGUAAAAGGGGAGUUCAAACUAAUUGGGCUUUAAGAAUGUUUCUCUGGAAAUGAUCUUUAGUUUGUGGAUAUUUUUCGGGGAUUUUCUUACACAACAGCGAACUGAAGGUUAACAGCCCUUUGGACAGACCAUAAACUUUUUUCUUUUAUUGCACCACGUCUUCCAGAUGUUACAGUACGAUACAAGAUGCCUCACUUUUCAAUGGAUAAAGUGCCUGUGAGUGAGUUUCAAUGCAGGAGACCAGGAAAUGAGCUCUUUCAUUACAGUUUGUGAAGCUGAAGAUCCGAGAAGUUGCCAAAUACUUCAGAGCUUUUUGACUUCUGGCAUACAUAGAUGAUCAGGACAGACUGACGGCUACCGCAACAGUGCUUCAUCAUGAGUUUGCUACAGUACGUUCUACAACUCCGCUACACUCUUUUGUUAAGGAGCACUAACACACUCUUUAUGAUGGGUUCUCACUAAUAGACACAUGAAGGUAGACUAAUAUCCAUUUUAUGUAUAUGGAGUUCUAAAUGCUAAACUUUAAGAUUAUAUAUUGUGUGUUUGCAUUUUGUAGGCCAGCAUUUGCCAUCUUGCACUUCUUUCAUUUGGCACAUACGGCACACAGCAUCAUUUCAUCAUAACCAAUAUAUGUGAGGAAAACUAGCUCUAGCUUUGGGAAACGUGUUUGUAGGUAAAGAGCCGUUUGUACGCCAACACAGUGUUUUGUUUAAUUGGUUUAUUUGCUUUCUUUCCUAAGAACUGGAAGAGACGAUCAGUACGACUGGAUAUAAGGCAAGAGCCAGGAGCAGCUAAGCUUAGCUUAGCUUAGCUUAGCUUAGCUUCAAUUCAAUUCUAGAUAUGGAGAAGAAACUAGCGUGACUCAGUCCAAAGGACAAAAAGCUGCUGACCAUCUGCUGCUGUGAGAACUUUAGUUGUUUUUUUGUUUUGUUUUUUAUUUUAUACUGUACUGAUCUCACAUGGGGAAAUAAUUUCCUUCCUUUGACCAUUCCAUUAGUACUGUGCAUCUGGAGCAGUGGGCUACCACUUGUGCAGCUUCAGGUGUUUCUGGACUAUUUCCUUGUCCUGACCGACUUAAACAACACACAUUAAGGUGCCACUUGGCAGAUUUUGUUUCCUUUGGACAGAGUUGAGUGUUUCUAGUCUUAAUGCUAAGAGCGGUUUUGAUCCCUACAAAUAAGAAUAUUUUCCAGAACUUCUGCUAUUUCAUCUGCAAAUGUGACAGUUUCACGUAAUAAAUGGAUAACCCGUUCUUUCAUAGGGUUGUGUGUUAGUGCUCUAGCUGGCCUUAAAAUGUUGUUUAACGGACCAUUACUAGAGAGAUACUGUGUAGCACAUAAUGCCAUUUAACUAGCCUAAAUUCAGUCUGACUGCUGUGUGUUAAUUGUGCCUCAACACACCAAGUUCACUGUAUUUAUUUCCAUAGUUUUUUUUAUCAUUGUAGUGAGGCCAUUGCUUUGUUUGAGUGUAUAUGAAUUUAUUCCACACACACAGUGAGCAGCUGCACUGAGAUAAGCUUUUUGUAUUCCACACUAAUUUCCUGCCUUAAUAGUUUAGCUGAGGACUCUGUGACCUGGAAAUGGUUUCUGAAGCAAGUGUCUUGAGGAACACUAAUAGCGAAUAUGAACCAUUUUGGGAAGCUGAAGUUGGAUUUGUGUCAAGUGAAGGUGACUGGGAUCUGAUGUAGCUGCCAGCUGGUAUCAGUAGAAGCGACGUAAUUUAGAAGCACAUCCUGCCAUUUGCCAAGUCACGUCACCGCAGCAUGUGCAGCUGCAUUAGAAAAUCCAGAGAUUUAACAUUAGCACAAGCCUGCAACAAUGACUUUUUGUUUUUGUAUAAGAUGGAGUGAGUUUGAGUUAUUUAAUGACAUUUGAAAGCUCUUUGUUGAUAGCUUUUGUGUGUGUGUGUGUCUGUGCGUGUGUGAUGCCAUGAUGCUGAGGAUUAUCAGCCAGCAGUUUUAUUUGUGCGUGAUUCCACCGCUGGCCCUCGAGUUUUAUUGCUCCUGACAGGAACAUCUGAGAGAUUUGAAACCUCACAAUCCUGGAAGAGGAAUGAGUAUUGGUCACGCUUUAGUGAUCCUCAGACUCCGUUUUGUGUUUGUGUUUUUUUUUGUUUUGUUUUACGAGGUCCAAUGUGUGCUGAUAUGGAGCGAUUGAUGAACACUGAGAUGGCUGGCGAAAGCUUUCAAGCACAUUCCACCUCCACAUGAUGCAGCAACGAUGUUACAUUGUCAGGGACCAUAAAUGUGCAAGAAGGAGCAAAGCAAAAUGUGAACACUAGUGUGCAUUGGGUCCAAUUCAUCAUGCUACAUUUAUUUUUCAUUGUUUACUUGAAAAUGCUCUGAGAACUUCACUGAACCUGCUUUAGUUUUUGUUUCCUUGUUGCCUUUUAUACAUCUCACCUUCUCUUCCUGUGAGUAAACCCUGAUCACUCUACAUGCAGUGCUAUAAUUGUCUCUUGGCAAUGAAUUAAAGUGUAUUUGUGUGUGUGUGUUAAAGGGACUAAGCUACAGUAUUAAGUGCACACUAUAAUGAUAAUCAGUUGUAAAAAUAAAUAAAUAAUAAAUAAAUAAAAA